AUGACAUCAAAAACUAAGAUACAAAGAACUUAUUCAUGUUCUGUCUGUGGAAAAAAGUUAUCUUCUUCAGUAGCAUUGAGAUCUCACCUCAAGACACAUUCAGGUAUCAAAUCUUUUUGCUGUGAAUAUUGUGGUGUUCUGUAUUCUACUAAACAAAAUCUAAUGGCUCACCUUUUAAGAAUACAUAAUAUCAAUGCUGAUUCAACAAGAUCGUGUGAUAUUUGUGGAAAACAAUUUUUCAGAAAAUGUGCAUUUGACACUCAUUACCUCAUUCACCUAAAACAAAAACCAUUUAAGUGUCAUAUCUGCCAUAAAUAUUUUCGGCAAAAGAUUACAAGAGACGUACAUGUUGAUACACAUACAGGUGAUUACAAAUACUCUUGUCCAAAAUGUGGUAAGAAGUUCCUCACUGCCUCUAAAUGUAAAGAACACACGGAGAAGAAAAAAGGCCUCUGUUUGGAUUUAUUAAUUCAAUCAAGAGAUGUAGAUUUUAAUCUGGACGAUAAUUGGACGGAUGAAAUUAUAAAUUCUUUGAAGUUUGACUGUCGUGUAACUGAUAAGAUUUUAGAUUUACCUAUGUCAAACUCUUUUAACCUAAAUCAGGAAGAUGCCAUUGAAUUCUUUUGUGCAAUGCCUCAGUGCUCGGACACAUCAUUUAAGAAUAAAACUCUGUUAAAGAAGCAUAUUUCAAGAAGCCAUCUUUCAAGCGGGAGUUUACUUCAAAAUGAGGUUUCUUAUGAAUCAAAUAAUUGUGGAAUUUUCACCUCAGAAAAUACAAAAAAUCAAACUUGCGAAAAACCAUUUCCAAAUGUGAUACAAAAUGAGCAUUCAAAGAGGCCUAGUGGGGAUUCAUCUAAUUCUACUGAAUUUUCUUGUACUGAAUGUUAUAAAAAUUUUAAAACUUUACAAGGAUUAGAAUAUCAUAAAAGAGCUCAUAAAGGUUUUUAUAAUUUUAUUUGUGACAUUUGUGGAAAAUUAUUUAUUCGAAAUAGUCAUUUUGUCAGUCAUAUGAAAACACACUCUAACAUGAGACCAUAUUGCUGUUCAAUCUGCUGGAAAUCCUAUAAGAGUAAUAAAAAUUUGAAGGAACAUGUGAAAUUCAAACAUCCAAUUGGAUAA